AUGAGCUGCAACCACGCGCUUCCUCUCCUCGACAUCCUAAAGCUCGAAGACAUCGUAUUCGCGGUGUUUCCCAAGGCUGGCCGAUCUAGGAUCUUGCCGCCGGAUGUAUGGCGGCUCGGGAAGAGCUUUGAGGAGUUCAUGAUCCGCACUGGCGAGCCGCGCCCGUUCCCGCGGAAGAAAACGCAGGACAUCGGGCACGGUUAUGCGAGGAUAGAAAGCCAUUUCAAGAGCGCGCGGGACGAGCAAGUCGCCGUGCCGCGCCCCUCUUCCGCUUCCCGCCUCCUCAAAACGCACUGCCGCCUCCUCCCGUGCUCUCGCUCGCCUACUGCCGCGUCUGCGAACUCCGCGCUCUCCGCUCCCACAUAUCCGCAAAUGCUGGUUAUCUUCGCCUCUCCCACCGCGCACUCUGCAGCCGACGCGCGCGAGUAUAACUACCCGAGUCCAGUUGACGGCGGCCCGGCCUCUACGCUUCGCAUUUCCCCCGCAUCCAACUCCAUACCCACCAUGUACAACCAGCAGCCUCCUCGCGACUAUCUAAACGCCGCGUCCACGACCGCGCUGCACCCGCGCCAGUUCCCCACCUUCAGCUUCCCGCCUGGCUCGACGCCGACGUUCUUCUCCGACGGCUUCAACGGCAGGUCCCCGGGCCCCGCCUCGGGCGUGAUCCUCCCCGCGAUCAUCGCGGUCGUGCUCUUCGUCAUCAGCAUGAUCGUCGCGCUGCACCUCAUGCGGCACACGCGCCUCCGCGACUCGGACGGGCCGACCGUGCUCCAGCGGUGGGCGACGUACCCCUCGCCGAGCAAGGACGAGAUGGUGGUGUGGAAGGAGAAGCCGCGGAUGUGGGAGGUCAGCCUUGUCGAGGAGAGGGAGAGGGAGAAGGGGGACGUGGGCAAGGAGGGGGCGCUGGGCGAGGGGGAGACGCAGGGGUACGAGAUGCACAACUUGGCGGCGCGCGCGCGAGGGGACACGGCGUCGGUGCGGUCGGCUGCGAGCAGCGGGACCACAAGUAGCCUUGCGUGGUCGGACAUCAUGGUGCCCCGUUUCCGCGGAGUAUAUCGACCCGCACAAUUGCCCCGCAUCUGCGCCCUCAAAACCUCUUACAAUGUCGUCGCAUACGUCGCUCAUGUCACUGCCUGCCCGCCGCUCUUCUCCUUCGUCAUCUUCUGCGUCUCUGGCGUCGUCUGA